GCGCCUGGUACGCUGGCAACGAUUUUGAUAUCGUUAAAUUUAAGCGUGUUUUCCGCGAAUCUAAAAUAUUUUGUGACUAUGACAAUGUUCUCAAUAGGUGGAUUUUUUACCAAUGUAACUAGAAGAUUGUAAAAAAGAAGAAUGUCAGUCAAUAGAUUAACCUGGAAAUCUAGAUGUUAUAGUAUUUUAACUGGACCAAUACAAUUUAACGUAUUAAAUUCCCUUUAUUUAAACACAUUAUGAACGAGAGACUAAUUGAACGCGGACAUGCGACAUACUAAAUAAAUCUAUUGUAUAUAUCACAAACAAUAAUUACUUAUGAAACUAGACAAACAUUUUGUAAAUAAUGACUCUUAAAGACCAAACUUUACCUUUCGCCUCCCUUUCGACACUUCCUAUUUCUUUUUCAACUACAGAAUCUUCUACCGACAUAGCCAAUAGUUCAUCUUUUCCUGGCCCCAUAGAUCUCGCAAUCACGAUACUUAAACCAAUUACAACUAUCGAAACUGACGAAUUAUGGCACCCAAUAGUCUUCAACGAAAAUUCGAGCCGGUAUUUUGACACUAUCGAAAGUCUUUUGACAUUUGACGCAGAUAACGCGAGUGGAAAUAUUUCCUCCAGAGACAACAGAACUAUUCUUGUCAACAAUGCUACAGUGCAACUUGUUUCCAUGAUUUUAACUGCCAUUAUACUGGGCUUUAUCAUCUUAUCUACUAUUAUAGAAAACUGGUGCAAGGCAAAAGAUUAUAAUGAUACCAAAAAAAAGGUUAGUGAAGGAUCCAGAAAAUCCAGAAGAAAAGCCCAAGAUCAAAAUAAAUCUUUGACCAGUUACCAGGACAAAGUUCGAGAGCUCCUUGAAGAUAACUUUAACUUUCAACCACUCUACAAUGACAGACUGAAAAUUACUGCGGCUAAAUAUCAACAUUUACAAGAACUGAAACCGAGUAUUACAAAAGACUAUCACUCAAAUUAUGAUAAUUUACCCAUGUAA